UUAGUUCCCUAUUUUCCAGAAAGAUAUAUUCUUAAACUCUGCAGAGGUCUGUGUGAAGUGACAGUCUCCAAAUCCCAUUAUCUCUUUUUUUUUUUCUCUCUGGAAAAGCUUUUGAAAUGGCACAUUGGGCAAAAUCAGGUGACAGUCCAGAUAACAUUGCUUGUCUUGAUGAGUCCAGUUCUGUGCAGUUAGAUAACCAGUCACUGAAAUCUCUGCUUCCAUCAAGUACAACUUUAACAUGCCUUCAACGAAAACUGAAGUUAAUUGGCCUUGCCCUUGUUGUACUAUAUAUUAUUGUCCUGAGCAUUCUAAUGCUUGUUAUUGGAUUCAAAGUCCAGAAUUCAAAUUAUGAAAAAGACAUUCAUCAGUGGGCCGAAAAACAAGAAGGAGAAAAAAAUGCACAGAUGACUUAUGAAUCUUCUACUAUUCUCAAUCAGUUUUCCCAGAACCUUUCUGAUUUCAGAUCUGAACUUUUCAUGAACACCCAGAGUCUUUUGAAGUUAAGGCAAAAUAUGCAAGAUAACAACAUGCUUUUUAAUGAAAUGCAGAAAACCAUGGAACAAUUAACAGAAAAACUUGAAGAAUUUAAGAGUCAAGUAGAAUAUGCCAAUUCAACAUCCUCAGAAAAUGUGUACAUGCUGCAAGAGGAAAUUACACAACGGAGACGGUUCUUUCACAACACUUCUACAGAGGUUGCAAAUGUGAGGCAGGAGUGUAUGAAUUUGGAACAGGAAAUGAAAGAAGAACUAAAGAUGUUAAAUAAUAUCACUAAUGACCUAAGGUUAAAAGAUUGGGAAAAUUCCUAUAUUUUGAAAAAUGUAACUUCAAUUCAAGGUCCUCCUGGUCCAAAGGGAGAAAAGGGAGACUCAGGUAUGAAAGGAGAUAUAGGUGCACCAGGAUUUCAAGGAUUAAGAGGAUUUCCUGGCCCUAAAGGGGAAAAAGGACAAAAUGGUUUUCCAGGACCAAAAGGAGCCUCUGGAAUUCCAGGUCCAAAAGGACAAAAGGGUGAAAAGGGAGCAGUGACCUCCAGCAGCACCACUGCACCACUAGUUCGAUUGGUCGGUGGCUCAAAACCUCACCUGGGAAGAGUUGAAGUUUUUCACAGUGGAGAAUGGGGCACAGUGUGUGAUGAUCACUGGGAUCCUCGAGACGGUAAAGUUGUUUGCAGGAUGCUGGGAUACACUGGUGCUGUUCAAAUAUACAGCAAUGCCUACUUUGGCCAAGGACUUGGGCGAAUAUGGAUGGAUGAUGUGGAAUGCAAUGGAAAUGAAAAGUCCAUUUUUGAAUGCAAAUUUAAAGGUUGGGGAAUGACAAAUUGCAAACAUACCGAAGAUGCCGGAGUCCACUGUGAAGUAUAAUCUCAGAGUUCUAAAGUAUUUUAUACAGUAUAAUGAAUUAUAUAGGCUUCAUUCAUGAAAUGUACAGCAUACUGCUCUUUCUAAUUGCAAACCUGGUUUAUUACAAGUUUUAUUCUCUGUAGGAAAAUUGCACCUUUCACAUUACAAAAUCAGUUCUGGUCUUACAAGUCUCUCUAUAUAAUAUUAUAUAAAUACAGAGUAUAGCCAAUUUCUAAACAGGGUUAUUAUUUAAUGUAUUUGUUUAUUAAAAAAAGUUAUUCUGCUUA